UCCUAUCCACACAUUCACAUACUCAGACACUACCUAAUAGUACUACUAAGGGUUAUUACGUAAGCCACACUAUCAACCAUGGUCUGCCAGAAGGUUCUUGUCGAUGAGGUGUCCGGUUGGCUGAGAUUGUUCGCUGAUGGCUCAGUUGACCGGACGUGGACUGGACCGCCUCAGGUCCAGUUCAUGACUGAGCCGGUCGCACCUCAUGAUGAAUUCAUCGAUGGAGUUGCCACCCGAGAUGUUUACGUUAACGAAAACCUCCGGCUACGAAUUUAUCUACCGGAGACAAACCCGGAGGAUUCUUCGAAGCUCCCCAUAAUCCUUCACCUCCAUGGAGGUGGCUUUUGUAUUAGCCAAGCGGAUUGGUACAUGUACUACCAAAUGUACACCAAGCUUGCACGCUCAGCCAAAGCCAUUUGCAUCUCAGUCUACUUAAGUCUCGCGCCUGAGCACCGUCUCCCCGCUCCAAUCAUCGACGGCUUCUCUGCGUUGCUGUGGCUUCGUUCCGUUGCACAAGGCGAGUCAUACGAGCAAUGGCUAGUCAGCCACGCAGACUUCAACCGUGUCUUUCUCAUAGGGGAUAGCUCGGGUGGAAAUCUCGUGCAUGAAAUUGCCGCUCGAGCAGGGAAGGUGGAUUUGAGUCCGUUAAGGCUAGCGGGUGGGAUUCCUAUCCACCCAGGCUUCGUUCGAGCGGUGAGGAGUAGGUCGGAGUUGGAGCAGCCAGAGUCACCUUUGCUAACCCUAGACAUGGUGGACAAGUUUUUGAGCUUGGCACUGCCAGUGGGGUCGACCAAGGACCAUCCAAUAACUUGUCCGAUGGGCCCCGAAGCACCGCCUUUGGAUACUCUGAAGCUGCCGCCGUUUCUUCUAUGUAUUGGUGAGAUGGACAUGAUAAUAGACACUGAGAUGGAAUACUAUGACGCUAUGAAGAAGGCUAAGAAGGAUGUGGAGCUUCUGAUUAGUCCAGGGAUGAGUCAUAGCUUUUAUCUUAACAAGAUUGCGGUGGAUAUGGAUCCUCAAACGGCUGCGCAAACUGAGGCUCUAAUUUCUGGGAUCAAAGACUUUGUCAACAAGCACUAAAAGAUAUCGACUUUGUAGUUGCUAAUAACGUUACUAUGUGUGGCCAUUUAUGGGUCCGUUUGUUUCAUACCCACUAUAUAUAUAUACUUUCGUAAUGAAAAUAAAAAUUGCAACUUCUUAUCUUUAA